AUGUUUAUAUCACAAGUAAAACGACGUGUAACAUUAUAUCAAUUUAGCACAAAGAUUAAGCAGAUUCCUCAUAAAUCAAAUAAAUGGGAAGCAAUUAUCGGAUUAGAAAUUCAUGCACAAUUAAAUUCAAAGACAAAAUUAUUUUCUUUAAUUGAUGCUGCAUUUCCGGGAACACUUCCGCAAUUAAAUGCUAAAUGUGUUGAACUUGCUGUCGCGACAUCAUUAGCAUUAUCAGGAAAUGUUCAAUUAAUAUCUUCAUUCGAUCGUAAACAAUAUUUUUAUCCUGAUUUACCACAUGGUUUUCAAAUUACUCAACAUUAUGCACCAAUAUCUCUUGGUGGUAAGAUCUUUUUAAAUAAUUUAGAUGGAUUAGAAUAUGAUACUACAGUUAGAAUAAAACAGAUUCAACUUGAGCAGGUGACUCAUCAUAAUAUUCUCAUAAUUUUUGAAAAUUUUGAAUUAAAGGAAGGUCAUAUUGAAAAUUAG